UAAUUCUAAUUUCUUAGCCUUCCAUCUCCUUACUAAGUAUACGUUAUACAUUGAAUUCAUCUCCCCCAUGAAAACUCAGCACAUCAUUCACUCUACAUAAAUGGCAAAAAGAGAGUAUUUUUGGGGCAUUUACAAAUUCCGUAGCAUUCUUGGAGCAACUCUUCAUCGCAAUAGAGCAUCCUGCACUACCUACUUGUCUAAUGGUCGUCAAGGACAUGAGGUUUCUGCUCCGACAGCAGUAUCAAAUAUGUUUGGGCAUCGUGGUUAUUCGGCGAAUAAUCCCUUAGGCUUGCGGUUAUUUAGCAGCACCAACAACAAACCAUGGACAAAACUUGAGCAACCACUGCCUGCUACAACUUCUUCUAGGCGCACCAUCUCUAAUUGGGUCAGAUGGAUUUUGGGCUCCCUUUUGUCAAUUUUGAUUCCUGUUUGGACGCACAAGUACUGGGAAAAUCUGCAAAUGAUUGAAGUGGGAAACUAUGGAUGGAUGGGUGUAGGGGAGGCAGAGGUGGUGAUGGAAGAGGUUGACAAUGUAGCAAAAGUCGUCGAAAGAGUGGCAACUGUGGCUGAGAAGGUGUCAGCCGAUGUGGCUGAUAAACUUCCAACUAAUCAUACAAGACUAAAAGAAAUUGCUUUGCUGAUUGAACGAGUAUCCGAACUGGCUGCUCAAGAUGCUCAACUAACACAAGAUUUUAUUCACAAGGUGGAUUCACUGAAGCAAGACCUGGGAGACUUAAAGACACUGGUGGAGCCAGUUGUUGAUAAGAUAGAAAACUAUGAAUUUCAUGGAAACUACUCUCCAGUUUCUACAAAAGAACAAAAUUAAAGGAAACGGCGUAUAUGCAUGCUACUAUACUUACAAUUCCAUCUAUUGUAGUUGUACCAUGUCGACGUGCAUAGCAAUCUAAUAACAUGUGUCUUUAAAACUUUUGCAAGUCCGCUCUUUUCCAUUAACAACCCUUCACUUACCUACCCUUUCUCCUGAUCUCUCAAUCUUUCCGUUAUGGGCAGAAUAGAAUUUGUGUUUCUUGGUUAA